AUGGCCCGCAUGAUCGAGAUUUUCGAGGACAACCCACGCCUCGACAACAUGAACGAGAUAUCACUCCUAUCGGAAAUCAGCACCGAGGAAGAAUAUCGUAAGAUCCUUACUGCAUUUUCCAACGCCAUGAUUACGGGCACGGAAGAUGGCACAAUCAUACAUCAAAAGCUGCUGGAAAACUUUACAACUGUCCUCCAUCGUGCCAAGUCUACCCUCACUGCUGAAAACGCAGGCCAUGGGAUGGUUUUAGAUAGCCUUAGACGGAGACUAGACAGUGCCGUGCGGGACGCAGCGUUGGAGACCCAAUAUCACAUAGUCUGCAGGAUUAGAUGCGUUAUUGACUCUAUGGUUGACCUCCGUGUAGGUGGUAUUGAUCGAGUACAACUACGUGAACCACUCUUGGUGCAGCUUGACAGUCUCAGCGAGCACCCCGAACUGCGUCUAGCACAGGCUUCUCGUUAUGCUUACUUGGGCCUCCUCAAUAUUGCCAAUAACGAAAAUAUAUGGGAAAGCUUCCGCCGCAACAGCUGGAUUAUGCUUCAAGCGACGGCCAAUGUUGCUGGCGCGGUUGCAACCUUAGAUCCUUCCAAGGUUACAGACGCAGUCCCAAGUAUCUUCAAGAUGCUUGAGCUGUUCAAGCAGAUAGUUAAUACAGGAAGGGAGCUGGUUUAUCUCUCCCGUGGAGGCCAUGCUGCAUUUACAGAAGCGAUGAGGUCGGCUAGAAGGAAAAAUUCGUAUAUUGUUCUUCAUUACACAGAAAUGUUAGUUGAGGCAAGGGCGUUUCGAAUGUUAAAAGCUCUCUUGGAAGACAAACUUUGUGAUGACCAUGACACUUUCCUCUGUGGUGUUUAUGCUCAGCUUGAGCAACUGUGGGUUAAGGGAGAUGAACCCACCAGGUGGAACGUGGAGGAAGUGGUCGAAUCAACUCUGCCGAGAUCCUUGAAAAGCAAGCGCACGAUGAAAUGGGUCAAUGUAGUUGGGACGACCAUGAAUAAACCCAAAUGGACAAAUCAUAAAGUCAAGUCACGUUUUUCAAAAUUGGCCUUUUUGGGUAAUAAGGGAGAGUGCCAGCCGCAGAUGCAGCUUCAGGUAUUUGCUGGGAACACAAACUCCAACGGAGGGAUGCACACAAAACUAUUGGAAGCUGCAUGGAAAAGCUGCGAUGAAGCCAAAAGGCUCAGUGCUGAUAUCAAGCUCACCCAAUAUUAUGAGACAGGAGGUCGUCUUGAAAUCAUCCGGUUGUCAGGAGCGCAGUUAAAGAUGGACAAAUGUUACAUCAAUCUUUCAAUUAUUGAAUCUAAAGACAUGGAAUCUCAGAACGGUAUAAAUCCUAACAAGCCCAAUCUUCGAGAUUCAGAAUUCUCAAUUUUCUAG